AUGACCGAGUACGAGAGAUGUUUACGACCCAAAGGCUUGUUUGCGGUCCGAGAGUUUACUGCGCAACGAAGGCUUGUUGCUUACGGAAGAAGAUUCAGAUCACUUCAUCCACCUAUUUUGGGGCUCACGGGCAAAGUAAUUGCAAAUUUGCAUCCUCCGAGACAUACGUAUUACGCAUACCAGACGAAAGACCGAUCGAUCGAAAGAGGAGAAAUUAUGUCAUCGAAGGUGGUUUUGAAAUCAAAGGGCAAAUCAUUGAGAGGAUCAAAGCCAUCAGACGAUAAUUCAACAUCGAAGCUCUUGAAGGAAUGGAGUACAUGGACGAUGAAGAAAGCUAAAGCCAUCACUCAUUACGGAUUCAUAGCAUUGGUCAUCAUCAUCGGCAUGAAUUUGGAGCCCAAACCAUCGAUCUCUCGGCUCCUUAGCCCGAUUUAA